AUGGGAUAUGUAAUUGCUUGUGCAAAGGCGCGCCACUGCCGGCCAGGACAUAUGACAGGCGUUCCUGGGCAGAUCGAUAGAACCGGCUCACUGGAACCAAGAAUGGCGACCGCCUGGAUGACCGAAUGGCGGGAUUUUGGACACUACGUAUGUACUGUACAUGCAGCACAUGCAGUAGGAGACGAAAAACUGUCCGUCUGGUACGACGGUGAGCACGGUCAUGUCUGGUACCAGCGACACAGGGCCGUCUCUGUGCUCAACGGCAAGCGAUUUGCUGACAUGUCGGUCGUCGGGCAGGGCGGACGGGAGGGCGUCUGUGGGCGUCGACACGAUGGCGUCGCAGGGGACGGCCGGGUUCAGGCAGGAGGCCGAAUCGAGCUAGCGGCCUAUCGCUCCGAUGUGGACCGUGAUUGGCCGCCGUUGGAUGCUUAUCUCUGGCAUGAAAUGCAAUUGACACAACACAACAUGGAGCCUCCCACUCGCCAAGCACUCCCGCCCCCAGACAUGGCGGACAAUGCCUCCCGUGGCUGUGAGAAAUCGUUUUGA